AUCUCUCCACCCCCCUCUGCGCUUCUCUCCACCCCUCUCUCUCCCACUCCCUCUUUCAUUCCAUCAGGUUCUCACAACCACAGAAGUUCAGAGAGAAGGCAUCUCCCCACACCAGGGAGAGACUGACUGGGAGAGCGCAUCACUGGACGAGGGGAGCAAACACAGAAGGAGCGUAACAGUGGAGGAGACGUUUUGGGGACAGUGGGAGGAGAACCCGCGCGGAGGGAAAGGAGAGAGAGCGAGGAGAGAGGGUGAGAGAGAGAGAGAGAGAGAGAGAGAGAGAGCGCGGUGGUUUGUGGUGGCUGUGGGUGGUGGGGGGUGGGCUGCGCCGUCAGCUUCCCGCCGUCCUUUCUGUGUACCCCGCCUCUCCCCACUCCCUCCCUCCCCCCUCCACUCCCCCCCCUCCCCCACCACCACCACUUCCUCUCCCGGACCCCUACAGUUUCUCCCCGCCAACUUCCGCCGUGGGGGCUCAGCUCUCCGUCUCCCUCCCCCCCUCCCUCGCUCCCUACCUCCCUCGCUCGCUGCUGGACGCCUCCGAGCUGCUGCAGCAACGCAGGCGGACCGCCGCUGCCGCGCCGCAGAUGGAGCCGCCGCCGCCGCCGAGAGAGCCGGGGGAGACGGAGCACGGGGAGCGUCCGGAGCGGGUGGAGCCGCUGUCGGACGCCGAGAGGGAGAUCAUCCAGGGCACCUGGGGACGGGUCUACGAGAACUGCGAGGAUGUGGGAGUCACGGUCCUCAUCAGGUUCUUUGUGAACUUCCCCUCGGCUAAGCAGUACUUCAGCCAGUUCCAGGACAUGGAUGACCCGGAGGAGAUGGAGCGCAGCACCCAGCUGAGGCUCCAUGGUCGCCGGGUGAUGAACGCCAUCAACACGGUGGUGGAGAACCUCCACGACCCUGAGAAGGUGUCUUCCGUCCUGGCCCUGGUGGGCAAGGCCCAUGCCGUCAAACACAAGGUGGAGCCCAUGUACUUCAAGAUCCUGAGCGGCGUGAUACUGGAGGUGUUGUCAGAGGACUUCCCAGAAUCCUUCACUGCCGAGGUGCAAACGGUGUGGGCCAAGCUCAUGAGGGCCGUGUACUGGCAUGUGACGGGCGCCUACACGGAGGUGGGCUGGGUCCAGCUCUCCAGCUCUGCAGUCUGAGGAGAGAAAGGGGG